AUGUCCGCCGCCACGAGUACUCCCGGAGCCGGGGCUGGAGCCGAAGCCGGGGCCGAAGCGCCCGCCGAUUUGAAUAAUCCGGAUCCCCAGACCUCCCUCGAUUCGACUAUCAUCAUCCCGCGGAGCAGCCGCGCUGGCAAGGCAGGCGUGUAUCCUCCGGCAGGCCAGAUCCGUCGGCCGAGAAAGAAGAACAUGACAUGGGUGGCUGAUCGCCUGUCCCAACUGGAAAAGUUCUUUCCCGCGAGAGCCGACGACUCGGAUCGCAACCCCCUGCGCCGAGUGUCUCCUUCUACACCACCAUCCACAAAGGCAUCGUCAUCGCACUUGGCUAGGGGGUCUACGACCUCGCCUGCGGAAGCGGACCAAGUCUUUGUGGAUGAGGUGUUGAUGCAGAGAGAUUCACAGAGCCAGUACUUCAACGAGAUUUUAUUAUCCAAGGUGAUAAGAGAGUCCUCCCUCCGACUCUACAACCGCGGCAAGGGCGUCUGGUCCGAACUCUGGCGGCGCGUCUGGUGGCACUUCUUCGGCCGGGACAGCCGCGCGGCCGAGGACUACGGGCUCCAGAAGGUCUGCAACCUCAGGUCUGACGUCGACCUGCCCCUGAACGUUGAUGACGCAGAUCUCCGUCCGGACAUGGAGUCUCUUCCUCCGGCUAGAACCGGCGUGACUGCCAUGGCCUUCCCUCUGGUCACGUACGAAAUCGCUCGCGCUGUGCACCGCCUGGCGGGCAUACUCGCUGGGGCAACGUCCGCGUCUCCACCCAAAGAGUCGGUUCGGAAGCAGAUCAUCGACGAGACCAGGGCACGCAUUGAGAUGUCUCUCAAGCAGUGCAAUCUUGUAAUCCCACGACAUCGACUUGCGCUUCGCAUGUCGCAUCUCGCCCUGCGCAAGGCUGACUUUGUCUCCCGCUAG